AUGUCCCUCGGAGCCCAGCUAGCCAUGCCCGGCUUGUUGCUGUUUGGGCUUUGUUUUCCGCUGAGUUGUUGGCUGUUGGUGAUGUUUGCGCCGGCUGUCGAUACACCCCGAGUUGUGGGGUGUCUAGGGUUUUGGUUUGACUUUUAUGGACCCCACAGAAAGGGUUGGGAGGGUUUGCGUUUUGCUGCUGCUGCUGCAUGCAUUGCUGCUGCGCUGCUGCUGCAGCAAGUGUCCCCCCUUGCUGUGUCUUUGGCCCUCAUCUCUGGCUACAGCGUUUUGGUCCUUUUCCUCAAACCCUACGGCACUGAACUCGUCGAGCCCUGGAUUCUUUUCAAACAACAAGUGGGGCCCCACACUUUCCUUAAAAUCCCCAAAUCUCUUUACGCUCGAGAAGUUUCUCUUUGCCUCUUUUUAGUGGUGGCCAUGCAACUCCACUUCUUCACUCUUCUCACCAGCGGAACCACUGCGGUGCGCGAGGCUGGUGAUGGAGGUGAUGGUGGUGCUGUUCUUUUCAACUGGCAAGUUGAUCUUAUUAGGUCGGGCGAGCUGGAGAGCAUCUUGGAGACUCCGGAAACCCUAAACCCUAAACCCUCGCAUCGAUUUACAAAAAAAGAAGAAAAGUUUUUUGCUGCUGCAGUUCAAUUAUCUCCUUUUCCUGCUGAAGCCCUCGCGCAGCUUUUAGCAGCAGCAGCACUUUCAGAAAAAGCCAACUUCGACAUUUUAGAUGCUGCAGACUUCCUUUUCCAAGAAGGCCACAUAGAGCUGCAGGGCCAAACCCUUUUCUGCGGUUUGCCGCGAAUUGCUGCGAUGUAUUCGGAUUUAACUUUUGACAUUUCCACAAGUGAACAAUUUGCUGCUGAGCUGCAGCAGCUUUUCAAGAAAGUUGCGGCCACUCUGGGCAUCGAGCAGCAGGUGGAGGCUCGUGUGUCUGCUGCUGCUCGAAUAAAGGACUUGUACGGCUCGCGAAAGGCAGCGAAAGUGGAGGGCGCAGCAGCAGCAGCAGCAGCAGCGCUGCAGCGAGCAGCAGCAGCAGCAGCAGCAGCAGCAGCAGGAGACAUGAAGCCUUGGGAAAAGAUCUGGGGAGUUGAGACAGAAGCAGAUAUUGCCAUGAAGUGGCUGCAGCACCAAAUGCAGCCAGCAGCACAAAACCCUGGCCUGCUCAGGGCCGAGUUUGUUGCUGUCUUCCCAGAAGCAGGUCCUGUGGAGCAGCAGCACGGGCUGAUUGAAGUGCCGCCCUCGCCUAGAGAUCCGCCCGGCUUCUUCAGGAGGGUUUGGCACUACAUUGCGGGAGAGCCGCCGCCGCCGCCCCCGAAGAAAGUGGCGGACCCCCUUGAGGUGUCUAUACACCCCACCAACGCUGUUGAAUACCUGUGA